AUGCGAAAGCCCUCCACCCAACCGAUGGUCCGCGCCCGGUCCCUGUUCCGGUUGAGCAGCAAGCUGGCGCGGAAUUGUCUUUCGGAGUUUAUCGGAACGAUGAUGUUGUUGUUCCUCGGCUCUGCCAUCUGCCUACAGUACACCCUGUCGGAUGGGAAACUCAGCAGCUGGCUGCAUGUGAACAUUGGCUGGGGAUUUGCCUUGACCUUGUCGGCUUUGGCGACUUAUCAGACUUCGGGAGGCCAGCUCAACCCGGCCAUCUCACUCCUCAUGGCGACACUUGGAAAUAUGCCUUAUUCCUGGGUGCUGCCGUAUUCGAUGGCCCAACUUGGGGGUGCCUUUACAGGAGCUGCCCUGGCGUAUGGGGUAUAUUACGAAAGAUCCCUACGGUACCUAGCCGCCCUACCCUCUCCCGGUCAUUUGACUGCCUGCUUCACCUCUUGGCCUAGCGAUGCUUCCCAUACGACGGCUUUCAUUGAUCAGGUCGCUGGAACAGCUGUACUCGCAUUUUUCAUCUGCGCUUGCGUGGAUAGAAGGAAUAAGGUCCCCGUCUUCUUGCAACCACUAUUCUUUGGCUUUUUGUUGAUCAUGAUCGGAUGUGCCCUCAACCUGAACGUCGGCUAUCCAAUAAAUCCCGCUCGAGACCUCGGACCCAGGAUUUUUGCUUUUUUGCUCUUUGGAAUGGAGGCUUUCAGUCACAGCAAUUAUUACUUCUGGAUCCCGGUGGUCGCACCGUUUUUCGGAGCGCUAAUCGGAGGAUGGCUUUAUCAGAUCCUCAUCGGCGUGCAAAUUGACAAAGAUCCGGAAGAGGAAUAUGAACUGAAACAUGCGGUU